AGUAGCCAACUGCUGAACUCAGAAACACGAACAUGUUAGAACAGAACGCAGAAGGUUCGUGUCUUGUUUAUCAUUAGAGUGCAUAUAUCAAUUUAAAGGCGUAUUAAAUAUAAAUGAAUGUUUUCAAAGUUUUCCGGUUGACUGCAUGGCAUUAUUUCGUAAAUGCUUGUUAGCUGAUUUAUUCAAUAACGCAAAUAUUUCAAACGACACAAUAAAUUAUAAUCGUCAGCGUUUUUUGCAGCAAAUGAGGACAGACUCAAACAAUGCUCGCCGAUAUAGCCUUUCUGAACUUGAUAUUCAGAUUCCAGGACCACACCAACUUGUCGGAGGUGUUGUGGGAUAUGUAGUUCGAAUGCGGAAAUUGUCAAUGUUUUCUGCACCAGACGGCGUCGAAUCGGAAGACUACAACUCCCAGUGUUCAGUGCGCGGCGCUGUCCAGUCCCUCGAUGCAGAUUGGUUCAUUCGCGACAAUCGCACGAUCCACGGGCUGGUCGGGCUGCGUGCACGCACUUAGCAACCGGCGUCGAGGCGAAAGGACGGCUGGUCGGCGUUUGGCUGCUUCGCUCUCAAAUAAUAGGAACAUUCAGUGGAGGAGGUGAAAGGAGGGGGAAAGUUAAUUCGGCGAACAACGGAGGGAGCCCGUUCGGCGGUUGAAAGCUGUUUGUCACGAACAAUGCAUGCCAGUGCCAGCGCCCUGCGGACCCUUAUCAAAGGGGGCCGGGUGGUGAACGACGACUGCACCCAGGAGGCCGACGUCUACAUCGAGAAUGGCGUCAUCCAGCUGGUGGGCCGGGAGCUCAUGAUCCCCGGUGGCGCCAAGGUCAUCGACGCCACCGGCAAGCUGGUGAUGCCGGGUGGCAUCGACACCAGCACCCAUUUCCAGGAGACCUUCAUGAACGUGACGUCCGUGGACGAUUACUACCACGGCACCAAGGCUGCUCUUGUUGGAGGAACAACAAUGAUAGUUGGCUAUGUAUUGCCAGAUAAAGAGACUUCACUUCUAGAGGCCUAUGAAAAAUCUAGAAAUCUAGCAGAUCCCAAAGUCUGCUGUGACUACUCUCUUCAUGUUGGUGUGACCUGGUGGGCUCCACAGGUACAACUUGAAAUGGAGGAACUAGUGAAGGAGCAUGGAGUGAAUUCAUUCCAAACAUACAUGGCAUACAAGGACCAGUACAUGUUGCGGGAUAAUGAACUUUACCAGGUUUUUCGUGCAUGUAAAAAUCUGGGUGCCAUAGCUUGUGUUCAUGCUGAAAACGGAGACCUUGUUGCAGAGGGUACGAAAGAAGCUCUUGAAUUGGGAAUCACUGGGCCUGAGGGAAUAGACAUCAGCAGGCCUGAGGAGGUUGAAGCAGAAGCAACGCAUCGUGCCAUCACAAUUGCAAAUCGAACCCAUUGUCCAUUAUAUUUGGUUAAUAUCUCAAGCAAGUCAGCAGCUAAUAUCAUUGCUUCUGCACGCAUGCACGGCAAUAUUAUAUAUGGGGAAACAACCUUGGCGCAUACAACUCUGAAUGGAUCAAGCUAUUAUCACCCAGACUGGUCUCAUGCUGCUGCCCAUGUUACUGCUCCUCCUCUCCGACUGGAUGCCAGCACUCCCAACUACCUCAUGAGCUUGCUAGCCAGUGAUACUAUUAAUGUUGUUGCUUCGGAUCAUCGUCCAUUUACUAUCAAGCAGAAAGCUGUAGGAAAAGAAGAUUUUACCAAAAUUCCUCAUGGUGUAACUGGAGUGCAAGACCGAAUGACUGUCAUCUGGGAGAAAGGAGUGGUUGGUGGCAAAAUGGAUGAAAACUGCUUUGUUGCUGUGACAAGUUCCAAUGCUGCAAAAAUUUUCAAUUUGUAUCCCAAGAAAGGAAGAAUUGUUCCAGGAGCUGAUGCUGAUAUUGUUGUGUGGGAUCCAGAAGCUACGAGAACUAUCUCUGUGAGUACACAAGUACAGGGUGGUGAUGUGAACCUCCAUGAGAAUAUGCGAUGCCAUGGUGUUCCACUGGUGACAAUCAGCCGUGGUCGAGUUGUCUACGAAGAUGGGAUCUUUACCUGUGCUGAGGGAACCGGGAAGUUCUGUCCACUUCGACCAUUUUCUGAGUUUGUGUACAAAAAGCUGAUCCAGAGGGAAAAGAGUCUGACUGCAAAGCCUGUGGAUCGUGCCCCAUAUGCAGGUGAUGUGGCAGUAGUACUUAAUAUAAAAAAGGAGAUGCCACCUCAUUCAGAACAUCAGUCUCGCAUCACAACACGCCACAGUGGAGUGAGGGAUUUGCAUGAAUCCAGUUUCAGCUUGUCAGGAUCCCAAGUUGAUGAUCACCUGCCAAAGCGCCCUGUAUCCAGAGUUCUGGCUCCGCCUGGUGGUCAUUCUAAUGGCAUUUGGUAAAAGAGUAGCAUGCUCCCAACUGAAACCUUCAGUUGAAAACACGAGUAUAAAUGAAUAAACUCACCACACACUGAAGAUAACUACAACAGCCUCAGCAACACAGUGUUGAUAUCAAAGGAAUGAACAAACAUGCAACUUUUUGGUUAUUUUAAGACUUUUGCAAGAUGUGGGAGGAUAUUAGAUCAACACAGCAGGAACUUGGUCAGAUCUGGAAAUUGACUAACAAUACAAUUCACAGAUCCAUUACUAUUGACCGUAUGUUAGGCUUUGCUGCUGUGUGCAGAAAGCCCAUAAUUCUGCCAUAAUAAAUUGUGCACAAGUGAAAUGUAGUAUGUGCAUGUUGCAGUCUGACUUCAUAUACUGGAAAAGUUCCUUAAUUCUUUACCUUCAAAAAAUUUUGAAUACUUUAAAAGCAAUAUUUUAAAGUGUAUUAAUAUUUAAUGCCUCUACAUAAAUUGUAAUGUGAUUUAAGUUGGUGCACAUGAGGAUUUUAAUACCAAUGUUUUAUGCUGCUCUCAAUAUGAAAUUGUCAUUUUGUAAACUGAUAAUUGCUUUUACGUAUGUAGACUUUGGGCAGUUUCACUGUUCAUAAUCUUGGAAAAACUGGAAGAAAAGUUGAAAAUGUUACAGUGAGUUGCUAAUUGUUAUUACGUAUACUGUAUGCUGCUUAUUAGUUGUUUGGUUGUCACUGCUUGGUUUAUUUGGAAUGAGUACUAUGGUUUUUUUUAAAGAAAACCUUUAUUGAAGUAUUUUAGCCUUUUGAGAAAAUAGAAGUAUAAUAACUUAAUUUUCUUUUUCCACAAUUGGCAAGUUUAUAUUUUUUGUGGAUUUUGUUAUGUAAUGUUCAAGGAUUUGUGUUUUUCAUAUUAUGAAAGCAUAAUCCAACAAGAAAUUUGGGAGGAAUAUCUUUACUUGGUGUGAAAACCUGAAAUUUAUUAUCACACAGAUGCACUUGAGGGGAAACAUAUGAGGGAGAAUAUGGAUAGCAGCAUAUGUUGAUGGGGUGAAAUGAAGUGAGGUUGGAGAAGAUUUAUCUGAAACGUAAACAUCAGCUUAAACCUAAUGUUCUGUUUCUGUGCUGGAAAAUUCCAUGUAACCAAGCCAUCUGUGUGGCCUCCAAAUCUUCUGAUUUUACUGUGCACAAAUUCUUGAGCAAUGAUGGUUGGUCUUUGAUCUUCUUUGGUUGUAGUAUUUAUUUACAAUGAUCAUAUGACAUAAUGAAACAAGGAGUUUCUCCAGUCAUUCCACAACCCCAGUAGCAUACAAAAUUAUGUAAUUUUAUUAUUUUUAAUGUCUUGGAAAUUAUUAAAUUUGACUAUCUAAAAAUAACUUGAUAAUUGGUUAUUUCAAGAAAUAUGAAAUUACUGAAAUCCUUUUAUCUAAAGUUUUCUUAAAAAGUGGUGCUCUUCCUACAUCCAAACACAUCUAUUAAAUUUAGUCUGUUAUAAUUAAAUGAUGCAGAUCUGCUGGAUAGGUGCAGUGUUGGCCUCAGCUAUUAAAAGUGCAGUCUAACUGGACUGCACAAAUUAAUGUGAUCACUCAUUUUAAGGCAAACAAAUAUUUAAUAAUUAAACCUUUUUUCUUAUGGAAGGAGCAGAUUUUUAUAUAAUUUCACAAAUAUAGUUAAAGAUGGUGCGCUGUUAAAAUAGUUGUUGCAGUUAGUAGGCAUUUAUAACAUUAAAAAGAUUUUACUUUGACAUUCUUCUCAUCAGUCUAUUUCCCUAUUAUGUUUCCAAGACUGCAUGCAGUAGAGUUGAUAAAAGGAUCUACAGAAGAAAUUAUUAAUUCCAAACAGAAUUCUGAGUUUAAGCUCAGUUGUAUUUGAUUCUUUUUUAAUGUAUUUUACAGUAUUUAAGGCAAUCUGCUAUAUCUAUCUUCAAGUGAACUAUGUUUCUGUUUCAGGUAUGUUUUGAAUUUAGAUUAUUCUCCUCUUUCCAGGAUGUGGUGCUGCAGCCAGAUUGCUAAGUAAAUCAGUCACAUUAAUGGAAAGUUGUUGAAACAAGCUAAAAAUUGGGAAAAAUAACUUGUGCCAUAAAACUUGUUUUGAGUUGAUUUAUGAUUAUAGUUGUGCAUUGCUGAAAGCCAUUGCUUGGUUGAAAUAUUUCAAAAAUCUGCAUAUAAUUUUUAAAACUGUUAUAAUUGAAAUACUUUUUUAGAUUCCCCCCUGACUUCUGACUAAGUAAGGAUUGUGGCAAAUGACUGAGGUGUUAUCAAUACUGUGUGUUGCUAGGUUUUUAGAUGAAAAGGUCAUUUUAAUUUUUUUAACAAAAUUUAAGAUCUUUAUUUCGUAAGGUACAACUUUAUAAUUUAAUCAAAACCUCAGAUGAUGACUUGCCCCCUGAGGGACUAUAUGCUUUACUGAAAUCCCAUGUUGUUUAUUUUUCAUUAUUGUAAUACAAUGUAUUUUCCAAAGCUGAACAGAAUCAUUGUAAAGUAAUUUGGUCAGAAACAUGACUACUGCAACAAUUGUUAGCAAGACUUUUUGUGUGAUUUAUGAAUGAAUUAGGCUUUAAUGUCCAGAAUCAACUUUUGUUAGCUAGUGAAGUCUUGGUAUAUUGUGGGGAAGAGGGAAUUAGGCAUAUAGCGAGGUCUGUGAAUGUGUUGUCUGUAAUGAGCGCUGAUAAUUACCAUAAGAUUUUGUCAACAUUGCUGAAAUUUGCCAUUAUUUAAAUAGACUGUUAAAAAGAAUAAUAUGAUCUUAAAUUGAGGCUGCUUAAUAUUUCAUUUGUACCAUUGAAAAUUGUCACGGAGCUGAUGAUCAUAGCCUUAAUAUGCUACUGUAUAUGGACACUGCAUGUGUUGUGCAUGUUGUACCCACUGUUGGGGAAGUUUCAUGCAGGCUUUGCUGCCAAUUUGUAAUCGAUGUUUGUCAUAGGAGAAGAAAGAGAAACUGUUAUGCCUGCUUUACUUCAAGCAUAAAGUGGCAUUUUUCACUAUGGAACGUUCAAAAGAAGUUAACAACAUCAAAAGUGCAAGAUUUGUACUUUGUUUUGAAAAUAGAAUUGUUCAUGAAGAGAUACAGGGGCAGAAGACACCAUUAAGACCAGUUUCUUGGAGUUAUAAGACAACAUGAUAUCAGCUAAGUCCCGCACAGUCGUUUUUAAUCGAAUGUGUAUAGAAUUUCUGUAUUUCUCCAACUCCAUUGAAAUUUUCAAAUAGUACUGAUUUCUAGCAAAUUAAUUCAGUCAUUUAAACUGAAGACAAAAUUCAAGCUGCCUUUUAUUUUUGAAAAAGAAACAAAAAUAUUUGCCUUUUAUGUGUUUGAAUUUUUUUUCAUAUAUAUGAUCAUGCUCUGCCAUAUAUUUUGUCAACUUACCAGGCAUCUUUGUAUUGACCUGGUUGCACCAAUUUUAGUUUUUGAGGAAAUUACUUGGAAUAGACAUGACAGUUUUCUAAGGGCACUGAAGAAAAUUAGAACAGGAGAAUAGCUGUAAAUUUUUAUUAACCUUGUGACUUCUAACUAGAAAAACACAUGGGAAAUGUUUUUUUUGAAUGAAUUAAAAAGCUGUUCAAUAAAUAGAACCCACAUCCAAUUAAGAUACUAUCCUAAUGUCAUUAUCUGAUUUAGAAAUAACAAAGCAAUAUAAUUCAGUGGAACCUCCAACAAGCCUUAAGAUUAGCAGGGUCAUUUUUACCUAACCACUGUGGUGGUUCCAGUUAAGGGCACCAAGCUUUCCUAUUAAUCUUCUAAAAUGAAAUACAGCUUUAAGAAUUGAUAUGGAUGGCCAUGAAAUUUAUGAAAUAGGACAUUGGGCUUUGUGCUUAAUCCACAUCCAUUUGUACUGUAGCUUCGACAUCAGUUUGAAAUGUUUCCUGAAGGUGAAAUUGUUUUGUUUUUAAAGAGAAAUAGUCAGCUACUCUGUGGAGGUUAGCCUGAAACUGUGUGGGUAACCUGCAUACACCUGUAAGAUGAGUUUUUAAAGGGUGUUCAUGAUUAAGCCUACUUUACACAUUUUAAACGUAUGUACAAACAAUGCAAAUGUAAAUAGAAUAUGGGUACACUUGUUACUGUCUUUCUGGAUAUUUAAAAUAUAGCAUAGGUAAACUUCUCCGUAACAAGAGUCAAAGGUCCUUUCCUGAAUCGAAGAAUCAGAGUUCCAACCAAGUACUUUCUAGCUGGAAUCCACAAUGUAGCUGUAAGCUGAAGACUAUUAAGGUACAGCAUCUGUCUAAUUUAUAGUCAUUUGUGUCACUGCAAAAUUAGUCUUUUUAAGGAGUUAUUCCUCCGGGUAUUUAUUAUCCCUUGAUCUUCAGCUGAAGUGGAAAAGGGGCAGUUAGCUUAGAAACAGCUGCAUUAAUGUGCAUGAAAAGUUGAUGCCUAUUUCUUUUUUUUUAAAUGAAGCUUUUAAUCCAAUUUUUCCCUCAGAUGUGCUUUUUUCUCCCCCACACUAAUUAAGGGCUAUUUAUAUGGCAUUGGUCUCUUGGUGAUUUAUUGAGAAUUAUCUGUUUGGUGCUUCCUGCCUUUGAAUGAUUCUUUACCACUAUGUGGGACUUUCUAUACAAAUGUUAUUUCUUAAAAAUAUGACAGCAAGACUCUGUUUUAUUUUUUUUUGCUAACUUCCAGGGCUAUUUUACAAUUACUUUUGGUUAACAAUACCAUGCCGUGUUGAUCCACGAAAUGGUCACAUGCUGUCAUCCCUGUGAUUGCAUGCUGUUUUUUUUAUGUGUUAUUUAUUCCCAUUGCAGUUAUUGAAUACAAAACAUUAAGUGAGCCUUUUGUAUCAACAUUCAUUUUGAAUGUCUGAUUUGAAACUUAGGAUGCAGACUAGUCAUUACCUAAUAUGAAGAGGGAAGUUCUUCCAUUUUGCAACACAGUUCUGAACACAAUGACAGAAUCACCUCUGCCUUCUGGGGUAGAGAAUUCCAAGGAUUUGCUACCCUUUUAAGUAAAGAAAUUUCUCCUUUUAAAUCCUAAACGGCCUGCCCAUUAUUUUGAGACUGACCUUUUAUUCUAGGCUCCUCAGGCAGAUGAAACAUCCUCCCCUCCCCACCCCACCCCCCCAUCUUUCCAUUCCACCCCUUAAAGAAUUUUGAAUUUUUUAAUGAGAUCUCAUCUCAUACUUUUAAACUCCAUGGAACCUAGUUCUAACCUAUUCAACCUGUCCUCACAUUGCAGACCUGCCAUCCUGGAACUGGUUUGGUGAAUCUUUGCUGCACUCCCUCUAAAGCGUGAAUAUCCUUUUAAUUUAUAAAAAGACCAAAGCUGUGCACAAUAUUCCAAAUGUUGACUCACCAAGGUAUGAUGUUAUUGCAGGAAGAAAUCUUUACUCUUGUAUUCAAAUCCUCUUACAAUAAAGGCUAGCAUUUGCCUUCCUAAUUGCCUGCUGCACACAUACGUUAUCCUUGAGUGAAUUGAGUCCCAGGACCCUUUUAACAUCAUUCCCAACCUCUCACCAUUUCGAGAAAAUAUUCAUUGUUUUUUCUACUGAAGUGAAUAACAUACUGUAUUUGUCAUUGUGUUCCAACGUAACUCUAAUCUGUCAUAAUUUUCAUAAAUUUACAGUGCACCCAUUUAAAGUCAAGCUGUCUUCUCUGUAACUUCCUUGAGAUGAGGCUCAACAUUCCAAGAGCCGUUUUGAUUAUUGUUUGUACUUAUGCACUUUUUAAUAGCAAUUUAUGUGUAUGGAUUUCUAAAUCCCUUUGCUCUUCUGCAGCAACUAUCCCUCCCUGUUGAGACCUAAAAUGGCAAAUUCUGUUUCAGAAGAAGGCUGUUUCAAGGACAGCAAAUUUGAAAAAGUGCUGCCACUUGUCCUGUUAUAAGAAAAAAACAAUUUAAAGAAACUCUUUCUGUUAGAAUUGAUUUUUUUUUCCCCUCAGAAUCUAGGCUGAGCACAGGCAAGUGAAAGGAGUAAGAGCAGAGACUUUAUGGUAUUUCUCCCAACAUUCCAGCAGUAGUGGUGGAGGCCUGAGAACAAGUUGGUUUUGAGAUUGGAGCAAUAGCAUACACCAAGAGAAAAAGUGAGAAGGAUAAGUUUUGGAAUAAUAUACUUUCAUUCAUUCUGGUUAAUUAGAUUUGGGAAAAAAAAACACAUGCUAAAGUUUUGAUAUUUACCUAAGGGCUUUGAGUUAUGCUCAUUGCUAUGAAAUUAUACGCUUGAGUCAUGAGUUCUUGCAAUUCAUUUAUGCUAUAAGGUGUGUGUUUUUUUUUCCUCUCUCCCAAUUUGGAAGUAAUUCUGUCUUGCCCCAUUUUCAUUCUCUCUCCAUUUCCUAUCCUCCCAAUCACCAAACCCUAUUGCAUCUUUCUUCCCUGAGCCCCAGUCUAUGCUUCCAUUUACAUCUUGGUCAUCCACUCUUUCCUCACCUUAAGGAUUAAGGCUUUGAGCUUUCUGUUUAAGAGGAAUUCUUAAAAAUUCAGAAAUUUCACGUAGAUUUUACUAUAAACUCUCUCCUGAAAUAGAAAAAGGUUUUCUUGUUGUAUCCUUUUAACAUUCUUCAUAUUUGUCACUAUAUAUAAAAAAAAUUAACAGUUAAAUCUUUAUCAUGGCUUUUAGAAAGUCUAUUUUAAAUUAAUUUUGAACUGUAAAUAGUCUUUUGCCUUUCCUAAAACCCCACUUUAAUAUAUUCGGUGAACUGCCUCAUUCCAGUGUAGCAUAACACUGUUGCAUGAUUUAUGUUUUGCACUACACAACACACUGCAAUUUUUGAAAUUCAUGUACAACUGCUCAAAAUUAACAACUCCUAAUUUGGAUAUUAUGAGGGGUUGGGUAGGAAGAAUCUGUUCUCAGCCAUACAGUUGUAUGCAAUACAAUUCACUUCUAGGAAGACUAGAAAUGUUGAUUGUGUGAACUUGUUGACUUUGGAUACAACCUCUCGCUUCAGGAAGCAGAAGUUUAAAUUGAAGAUAGCCAUUUGACUCACUGACUCUGUUUUUGCUCGUCACAAAAAUGAUUUGAAGUAAUCCAGUUACCUUCCUUCAGCUUUGUAUCUCCUUUGCUAUUCUUUAUAUUCACCAUGUAAAAUAUGCAGUAAUCUGUCCAAGCCAUUUCCUGCAGCAAAACAUUUGUGUUCCAAAACUACUUUGAUAAACACAUCUCUCCUCUAUCUCUCUGCUAAUUCUAAAUUAAUGACUUAACUUUCAUUGCCCAACCUGUGAAGGUAGUUUCCUCCUUCACCCUGUCAGACUCUUACCAAAUCUUUCUUCAAUCUGUUCUCCAGUGAAAAUUACUUCAAUAUCUUAGACUUUUUGCUCAAAUACUGCAUUCAACUACAGCUUGCCAGUUUGCAUUUAGUUGAGGACUAGAAAUUGUAACACUGUAGUAACAACUACUAACAUGCACAAAUUAAUCUGUAGUGCAUUAUAGUUAGAAUCGUACAAAGAAUCAGUUUUAAAAGCAACCUUGUUUCAAGCCAUCUGUUGUAACACAAUCAGAUAUCUGUUUAAAGGCCAUAUUUAAUUGUUAAGAGUAUAGAAUUUAUUUGGUCUGCUCAGGAAUUAGAAAUGGUGCUAAUAUAAUUCAUAGUUAUAAUGGUAAAUCUAAUCAUGAAAUGGUAUGAAGAUGCUAAAGCAAAGAGGAAGCCACAUACCAAAAGUGAUUUUCAUGUAACUGCCUCUUUUUCUGGCAAAUGCUUUUUUGAGUGCAGUCCUUUUAACUCUUAUUCUAAACUAUUGUUUAGAACUUUCUGGAUGAGAGUUGCUUUAUUCGAAACAUGACACUACUUGUAUACCUGGUGCUAAUAAGAACAUGUAAAUAAAAAAUAUUUGGUAUAAUUUGAUAAUUACAACAACUGACAUCAAAACAGCCUUUAAUUUUUACAAAGUGAUUUUUUUUGUUUCAUUCAGUCUCACUGUCUUGCUAAAAUGACAUCACCAUGAAAUUUUAAUUUUAGAGCUACAUUUAACACUUCAAGGUGAAGUGCUUCAACCAUAAGCAUGCAAAAAUAGGGCAAUUUGUGGGUAUUCUGACUUUACAUUCUAAUUUCAUAAUGGCCUAGUUUGUAGAAAGUCUCUGGAUCCAAAACCUUCCAUUUAGUAUAAUUGUGAUUUACAUCCUAAAAGAUGGUAAAUUAGAGGAACAUCCUCUCUUGUGUUGAAGCAGGUCCUCUCUAUAUAUAUUUUUUUCCAAUAUAUUAGUAAAACUGAAUUAUAGCCUAAUUUAUGUUCUGAAGUUUGUCAUUUUUUAAAAUUAUUUCUGAAUAUGUUGAGCACUGAAAUAGAUGUAAGAAUGUAGUCUAAAACAAAUGAAGAUGAAAAGUAGUUUCAGUUUUCAUUGUAAAUGUCACCUAAUAUACUAUUGAAUGAAAAGUUUUGUUCCAGUGACAGCCCAGCUAUAAUGGUUAUAAUGUGAACAUAAGAUGCAGGAAUUGGCCACCUGGUCCCUGUAGACUGCUCUGCCAUUCAGUAUGAUUGUACCUGAUACAAUUUUGACCUCAAUACCACUUCUCUGCUCUCUGCCAUAUCCUUUGACUCCCUUGUGGGUCAAAUAUCUGUCAGUUAUUUCCUUGAAUACAUUCAAUGACUGCCUCAACAACUGAGGUGGAGAAUUCCAAAGAGUUAUGACUCUGAGAGAAGAAAUUCUUCCUCAACUUUGUCAUAAAUGGACACCCUCAUUCUGAAUCUCUACCCCUUUAUUUCUAGCCGUGUCUAAGCAUCCACCUUUAAGUUCCCCAUUUAUAAUCUUCUGUUUCAGUGAGAUGACAUUUCAUUCUUCUGUACUCCAAUGAAUAUUGGCUUAACUUGUUCAUUCACUCUUCAUACAUCAAGCUCUACAUCCCAGUAUUAAGCUUAGUGAACUUUCUCUGCUUUGCUUCUGAUACAAGCAUAUCCUUUCUUAAAUAUGGAGACCAGAACUGUAUACACUAGUCUAUAGAUGGUUCUCAUCAGCCCAGUGGGAUUGCAUCAAAUUUCCCUAAUUUCGUUCUCCAUACCCCUUGUAAUGAAGACCAACAUUCUAUUAACCUUCCUAAUUAGUUGCACCCACCUGCCAACUCUUUGUAUGUCACACUCUUGGACAUCUGACUCUAUUGUAUCACUUCAUUUUGUAGUCUCGCUCUAACCAAUAAUUUGCUUUUGCAUUUUUCCUUCCAAAAUGCAAAACCUCAUUUUCCCACUUUAUAUUCCAUUUACCAACUUUUUGUCCAUUCAGUUAACCAGAAAUUAAUGCAAAUUGUUUGGAUUUUUUUUAACUCUGUACAAUGGAUUUGGCAUUGAUGUUUAGUCAAUUUUAGUGUCUAAAUUAAUAUUCAUUAUUGCUUGCUUUAAUCUUUUUCAUCCUUGGAAAUUUACAGUGACAACAAAAUAAAAUGUUAGCUCUGCAUUACAAGCUUAACAACUUUAAGCAAAUAUUAUGAGCUAUAGUGUAUCACAGAAUGAAUGCUACUUUAGAUUUUCAGUAGGAGCCAAAUGUGUUUUUGGUAUGGUGUUUUCCCCUUUUAUAAUCAGUUUAUUUAUUUUCAAAUGAACUAAACCAACCCUUUGCUGCUGUGCUUUAAAAAUGCACUAUUCCCAAUGUUUCAAUCAGUGGUCUCCCAUAGCUACAGCUGUAUUUCAGUCAUGUUGGACUUUAGGAGCCAGAUUAUUUAAACCGUGUAUUGUUUGAGUGAAUUGCUGUUCCUUUGGUUCCAUUGAAGAAAACAUGGAAAGGUGUACUCAACUCUAGGAUUUUGUUGAGUGAUGAAAAAUGAGAUGUGCAGAUUUGCAUUUUUGUAUUGUAGUGCUGUGGAGAAUUAUGCCUUUGGCAUUCUGUAGUUUGUUUAGAAAACUAAAAUAUUACUGUCAGUGUUGGAAAAGGAAACAUUUUGAUUUGGAAAAAUAUUUAAGAAAAACAAACUGUCCAUUUUAUUAUCAUUUUACUUGUGAUAACUAAGCUACUUUAUGGUUAUUUCAUUGUAUUUGUGUGUGUGUAUACAUAUAAGGUUUGUGACAAUUUAUGCAAAACAGUAUUAAACUUGUUUUGGAGUGCA